AAUUGCAAAAUCUCUUUGCACUUGCAUGGGCGGUAUCAUUAUUCUAACAAAUUUUCUCCUCAGCUUUGCUCAGAGGCCAUGGGCUGCUGGAAGCAAGAGAAAACCAACACCUGGGCUUUUCCCACCCUGAUCCUCUGCCUCUAUGGAUUCUUCUACAUGAUGAAACCAUCAGAACCUUUCUUAACACCCUAUCUAACAGGACCAGAUAAAAACCUGACCAUAGAUGAGGUUACCAACCAGGUUCUGCCAGUUUGGACAUACUCCUACCUCGCUCUCCUUUUCCCAGUGUUCCUGCUCACAGACUACGUGCGCUACAAGCCCGUGCUGCUCCUGCAGGGCACCAGCCUCAUCGUCACCUGGCUCCUGCUGCUCUUUGCACACGGAGUGGUGGCCAUGCAGGUGGUGGAGUUCUUCUAUGGCAUGGUCACAGCCACCGAGGUGGCCUACUACGCCUACAUCUACAGCGUGGUCAGCACCCAGCACUACCAGAGGGUCACCAGCUACUGCAGGAGUGUCACGCUGGUGGCAGCCACCGUGGCCGCCGUGCUGGGACAGCUGCUGGUGUCCUUGGCAAACGUCUCCUACUUCUACCUCAACGCCAUGACCUUGGCUUCCGUGUCCCUGGCAUUCCUGUGCGCAUUCUUCCUGCCCAUGCCCCAGAGGAGCAUGUUCUUCCACAGGAAGGAUGCCCCUGAGCCUCUGCCAGGCCCUGAUAAAGGGCUGCCUGCGGCUGCUGCCCCCAGGCCCUCGAGCUGCCCGGAGGAAAGGAGCCCCGAGGCUGCUGCCGGGGCCCCGAGCCCCCAGCCCCAGCCCGGCAAUGCCAGGCCCCAGGGGCACAUGCUCAACGUGCUGCUGCAGCUGGGCAGGGACCUGAGGGAUUGCUACGGCUCCCGAAAACUCCUCUACUGGUCCCUGUGGUGGGCUCUGGCCACGGCCGGCUUUAACCAGGUGGUGAAUUAUGUCCAGGUGCUGUGGGACUUGCGAGCCCCCUCCCACAGCUCUGCAGUGUACAACGGAGCUGUCGAAGCUAUAGCGAUGUUUCUGAGCUCAGUAACAUCUUUCCUAGUACAAUAUAUGAAGAUUAACUGGGACCAUUUUGGAGAACUGGCUUUAGGAAUCUUCUCUGCAAUAGAUGCCGGUUGUCUGUUUCUCAUGCACUUCUCUACCAACAUCUGGGCAUGUUAUGCUGGAUAUCUCAUUUUCAAGGCAUGCUAUGUGCUCCUUCUGACAAUUGCAACGUUCCAGAUCGCUGUCAAUCUGAGCAUGGAACGCUAUGCCCUGAUGUUUGGAUUCAACAACUUCAUUGCCCUGCUGAUUCAGACCAUUCUCACAAUAAUUGUUGUAGAUUCAAGAGGCCUGGGACUGGACAUAGUGACUCAAUUUUUAAUUUAUGGCAGCUACUUCACAGUCAUACAUGGGAUUUUCAUGAUCAGAAGCAUUUGUGUGCUGGUCUCAUGCAAAUGCCAAAGGAAAAUAGUGAGAUCUUGCACAGAGAAGCUGAACCAGGCCGAGCAUGAGUCAAGAGAGCAGAUUGUCACAAGCUACAUGACACGGCUGUAGGAGGCAGGCAGGCUGGAGAAGGGCUUCUCUUGGGAGAAGGGCUCUCAGCAGGGAUGAAGAGCAGCAUGCAGGGAAGAGCAGUGCAAGAAGAACGUUCAACUCAGCCCUGAAAAGCUACUCUGAAUCAUUCCAGCACUUCAGCACAACAUAUGCCAGCAGAGAGCUCUCCAGAAUGGCACUGUGCCAAAAAUAAAAGAUAAGUUGCUUUAGAUUCUUAUUUUCAUGCGUAUAAAGAUCUUAAGGGCAGUAAUUUAUACACAGAAUCACAUUUGCAUCUCCCCAUGCACAAUGGCAGAGAGCAGAGUUCACCCUGCCUUGUUCAUUGUAGCUCCUGAAUGUGGUGCUGCCAAAGCUGCUUCUGUCACAUUUGCUGAUGCAGUGGUUGAAGGUCUGACUCCCCUUUGCACAGCCUUUGCUCUGAACCAAGGAGGAAAAGAUCACGUUCGCAUCAUUCUAUUCUUUCAUACCCAGUAUAGGCAGAUGGGGGACAGGCUCCUCCUGUCUCAUCCCACACAGGCUGCAAAAAGCAGGGCUUGCACAACCCAUCCCAGGAGCUUCACUGCAGCACUGCUACGUCACAGUUGUUGCUUGGCCCACAU